AUGGUACAUUAUAAAUUUAUAAUUAUAAAAUAAAUAUUAAAUUUGUAAAAAUAAAAUUUUGAUCUUAAUCCAAAAGUUUUAAGUUUUGAACCAAAUUUGUAAAUAUUUGAUUUAAAUUUUAAAGAUAACAAAACAUAAAAAAAUAAAUAAAUAAAAAAAAUUCAUACAUCAAUACUUUAAAUAGUUUCCUAUAUUUUUAAAAGGUUAAAUAGUUUGCUAUAUAAGCAUUUAUCAUUAUUUGAUAAGAUGUGUUUUUUAACAAAAAAAAUCAUAGUUAAUGAAAUAAUUAGUUCAAUAAUAACCAAUUCUAUAAAAAGUGAUAUCAAAAAUAAUAAUAAAAACUCAUUUGAAUCGCUCGAAGUUUUACCACUGGACACUGAUAAUAUUAAGUAAAAAUAAACCAAAGAUAUUAUUAAUUAGGAACCCAUAGAAAUAAAUUUUCCUAUUAAACCUUUUUUAAAAGUGUAUGCAAUUAGGGAGGAGGUUACUUUUAAUACUAUGCUGUUAAUCAAAGCAAUUAUUAUCUGUUAAUCUAACAUCAUAUAACCAUAGAACAAUAUAGAAAUAGUUAGAGUGUGGAUAGUUUUAAUAUAAAAAAGAGUGAAUCUUAUUGGUCUUGAAAUAUCAUUUAGUGAGAGAUAAAAAAUGCUAAAAAAUUAAUGA